AUAUGCAUGAUCAGGAAAACAAAUUUCCAAGUACUUUUUGAGACCUGGAAAUACUGAAAUACUCAAAAAUGAGGUCUUACAAGCUCAUGAAAUAGCAUCUCCUCUUUGCUUGCCAUUUUCUUGGCUUAACAGUUAACCAUUAAAAAUAUACCUCCAAAUCACCCCUUUUGAUUUUGAUACUAAUAAAUAAGACUUCAUUUGAAUUUCAUACUAAUAUUUAGUAGGUACACUGCAGUAUAAGCAAAAGAAGUAUUCUAUGGACUGGUAUACUAACUUCUGUAUUAUACUCAGGGGAAAAGAAAAUCAUUUGUUGACAGUUGGAAGUGAAUUUUAAAUGUUUUUCACCAUCUGCAUUUAAUUUGUAAUUAAGAAUUUCUAGAAUGUUAGUGAGCCAGUUUUUGGUAAUAUAUUUAGGCUUUAAUGACCCAUAUUUUGGGUACAGUAAUGCUUCUUCCCCCUUUUUUGGUCUCACUUUGUAUAGAUUGCUUCUAUCUUUGCUUUUGCCACCUGUGGAGGUUUUAAGGGCAAAACAGAAAUUCAAGUGACUUGCCCUAAACUUAACGAAAAUAAAACGAUUACAGCUGCUUUUGGUUAUCCAUUCAGGUUGAACGAAGCAUCAUUUCAGGCACAUCCAGAUGUAAACGUGUGUAAUGUAAAUUGGAAAAGCUAUGUCCUUAUUGGAGAUUACUCUUCUUCUGCACAAUUUUAUGUUACCUUUGCAGUCUUUGUCUUCCUGUACUGCAUUGCUGCUCUUCUGCUCUAUGUUGGUUAUACGAGCCUGUAUCGGGAUAAUCGAAAACUUCCCAUGAUUGACUUUGUUGUUACUCUUGUUGCCGCUUUUCUGUGGUUGGUGAGCACUUCAGCCUGGGCCAAAGCUCUUACAGAUAUUAAAAUAGCUACCGGUCACGGUAUUGUCAAGGAACUUCAGCCUUGUAAUCAUCAAGAAGUGAUGUGUUAUUUUGGCUCUGUGACUAGUAUGGGAUCCCUAAAUGUAUCUGUGAUCUUUGGCUUUCUGAAUAUGAUACUUUGGGGAGGAAAUGCAUGGUUUGUGUACAAGGAGACCAGUUUACACAGUCCAUCAAAUACUUCUGCUUCCCACAGCCAAGGAGGUAUUCCACCUCCUUCUGGAAUAUAAUUAAAGGGAGAAGUACACUGUAUGAAAUACAUGUCUAUACUAUUGUAUGUUGCCAACAUCUUGAGAAGCAUUAUUUGUUUCUAAUAAAAGUAAUGGCUUUUUCAAUAAAUUGGUGGGUUUAAAAUUUUGCUGCUUUUUUAUAUAAAGCCUGUGCCUUUCCUAGAAAUUUAAGAUGUAAGUGUAUUCUCACAUGUAAAUUUGAAAAUUCAGGAGCCUAUUAUGAGAUGAUACACAUUUUUUAAUGACUGGUUAUUUCUUUACUAAGUUGUUUGCCUUCCAAAGUGUUUACACCUUAAGCCUUAACAUAUCUUCACUCAGAAAAGAGUUACAUUUUCAUAUCAUAAUAGGAAGAAAAUCUCUGUUUGGAAUAUACACUACUGUAAGAUUGUACAGAUCACAUACGUAAGACCUGUCUUUGUUUAAGAAAGCCUUGAUUACAUAAAUCAUAUUUAGAAAAACAUAUUUAGUUCAGAAUUUGUAUCUGAACAUUGUUUAUAUGUUAUGAAAAAUUUUUAAUUGCAAAGACUGGUUGUAUGUUUUAUUUCUGUUUUUCUAAGUGAGCUACAGUACUUAAUAGGUGUACUAAAACUGUUUUGGGAAUGGGGUUUGGAAAUUUUCUAAUAGAUGUAUAGUUAAUUUAGUGAUUCUGUCGCAUGAGGUGUAAGCUUCCAUUAUGCUGGUCGUUUAAUAGACUUGCUGUAUAAGAAAGAACAUGGUUCAGCUAGAUAUUUUGAUAUGUAUGGGCAUUACUCUUAGUGGUAUUCGUUUGCUGUCCUUUUGCUCAUCCUACUUAAGUGCAGGCUGAGACCUAGUCUCCUUGCAAGUGGAAUAAAAUAAACCACCUGGUUUUUGCAGACCCUUUCAUAGGGCUAAAAAAAAUUAAGAUUGCCUUUUACUUUGGAAACAUUUAACAUUUAGAUUCAAUGAAGUUGCUAUUUUGAGUGUAGCGUUGAUAUUGUGAAAAUAAAUGCAAUUUGGAUUUCAUGUUUCUUAAUGUUCAUUCUUAUUUCACAAAUGGAUGAUUAAGGAAUUAUGCAUCAUAAACAGGAAUUUAAGUGAGCUGUAUUAUGGCUGCACUGUCUUUGCACGCACAUUUGGGUAUAUUCUGAAUACAGGGAUUGUUCACAUUUUGCUUCCUAAUCUUUUUGUUGUACAGGGCCAGAUUUCUUGUUCUUACCACAUGAUUGUUUAUAUGUGAAGCACAUCUUGCUAUUGCCUUAUUUUUUGUUGCUUUUGUUCAUGACAAGAAUUGUCAAUAUGAGAAUGUAUAUCUUUUAUGCAACAAACUUAAUAAAGAAGUUAAAAGAAA